UCCCAGCCACAGGCACUUUAAAAGUCAUGUGACAGCUACACGGAAUAUACAAGCUUUGUUUUGUUCCACUGAAAUGAAUUAGAGUGUUUCUUUGCGCGAUUCUUUCUAAAGCAUGAUUUCCCAUUAAUUUAUUGGACCAAGUAGCAUUUGUACAAAAUGGAUUCUCGCACUGCCGCUCUCAUUACUGCGCUGUUUUGCGCAUUCUCUGCUAGUGCCACUAUGCACCUGGAUAAAGAGAUGGAGUCGCUGGUAGAUAUUUCCCACCAUAUCCGGACUUCUUCUAAUGGUACAAACGCUAGUGACCUGACUUAUGGCUUCGUGUCCUGCGCAGUCUCGGUUCUGUUCUACGGGAGCAACUUUGUCCCAGUGAAGAAGAUCGACACUGGUGAUGGAAUGUUUUUCCAAUGGGUCUUAUGUGCCGCCGUGUGGACCGUGUCCCUUGUAGCCAACAUAAUCUUGAGGUCGCCAAAAUUUUGGCCAUUGGCCAUGCUAGGGGGUGCUAUUUGGGCCACAGGUAACAUCACGGUGGUUCCGAUAGUAAAGACUAUUGGUCUCGGACUCGGCCUGUUGAUAUGGGCUUCUUUUAAUCUUCUUAUGGGUUGGGCUAGCUCACGAUUUGGCUGGUUUGGUAUUGAAGCUGAAACUGUUGCCCAUCCAACACUCAACUACUGUGGAGCUGGUCUGUGUUUGUUCAGUGCAAUUGUGUUUUUCUUUGUGAAGAGUGACGUUCAGAGACCAACCACAUCUGAAGAAACACCUCUACUCAUAGACAAUAGUGUAAACACUUUGAAUCGGCCCUCAUCAGAUAAAUCCUGGGUGGACAUGCUGUCACCACGCACCAAACGUGUUGUUGGGUCGGUGCUUGCUGUAGGUGCGGGACUCCUUUAUGGCUCCUCGUUCAUCCCUGUGCUGUACAUCAAAAAUCACGCGGCCAAUCAGGAUACAAGAUUCAGCGGGGCAAGUCAGUUUGAUCUGGAUUAUGUCUUUGCUCAGUUCAGUGGGAUCUUUCUCACAAGUACUGUGUAUUUUGUCAUCUAUUGCACCUUCAAAAAGAAUAAACCACAGGUGUUCUCUAAAGCUAUACUUCCAGGUUUUGUUUCUGGGGUGAUGUGGGGUGUGGCCACAUGCUGCUGGUUCCUGGCCAAUCACUACCUCAGUGCAGUGGUCAGCUUUCCCAUCAUCACCACAGUUCCUGGUCUUAUUGCUGCUAUUUGGGGUGUUGUAGUUUUUAAGGAAGUGAAGGGACUGCGGAAUUACCUGGUUCUUGUUCUGGCCUUUUGCCUGGUGCUGACAGGGGCAUUACUCACUGCGUUCUCCAAAGUGUAACUGCAGCUUCAUCACAAGAGGGUGACAUUCCAAAGCAAGACACAACAGAGUGACCAGUAUCAGUCAGAAUAAUUUUUCUUUUAAGUCGUUUGGCAAUGUUCACUGUUGGAAAAGUUAAAAGUCGUUUUCAAAUAUUGUCAAAAGUAGGAGAAAGAAUUGCACAACAUCAAGACUUUGAGAGAAUUGGUUUAACUGAAGAAUAAUCAUAGCAGGGAUCAAGUAAAGUAUAUGAACUGGAAGGGAAAUUACUCUCUUACAGGGCACUUUAAUGAGUCACUGUAUUACAUUAUGAAUUUGUUACUGUGCUUGUGCCAAUAUUUUUGUUGUCAAAGUACUUUAAUAAUACUUAAUUUACACUGUGGAAUAUAUAUAUUUUUGUAUCACAGCAAGAUUGACCUUGUUUAUGAUGUGGUUUUCUAAUUCUACCACUAUAAGUAGUCUAUUCAUUCUAAUUGAAUCACCUUACUCGUCUAAUUAUGGUGUGUAAUUAUUGGGCCAGGGGGCAGGAGGAGUGGGCAAAAACCAGUGGCUGGUAUGUAGAGAGAUUGUACAUUACCUGAAAUGUGUGCAACUUUGGUGUGUGUGUGUGUUUUUUUUUUUUUUUUUUUUUUUUUUUUUGGGUUUGUUUGUUUUUUUUAAUUUUUUAUUAUUAGGGGAAUGAAGGCUCUGAGGUAGAUGACUGGAGUAACUUCUGAUUUUAAUUUUUCAUCAGGGAAUUAAAGUUUCUAAAAGAAA